CAUAUACAGAAGUCUCAGUCGUGUUCUGUUGCUCGAAACGUUUCCAAGAUGAGGGUGCUGUUAGUUUGCCUGGCAGGUUUACUGGUUUGCCUGAAGACGGCUGAUUCUCACUCAUUGCCGCAUAAGGAUUACGAAACUGAUUCCAGCAAACAUUACAUUACCAAUCCAUUGAAUGACACCAGCGGAAAUAAUAGCAGCUCGGUCCCCAACAACUCCAUCAGAAACCUUGAUUCUAACACCACAACAUUCAUUGUGCGUUACGUAACUACGGUUGACAAGAAAGAGUACAAGGGUAUAUACGCCCACAAGAACGGCAAAGUGAAGAAAAUAUUGGAAGGCGGCAGGGCCGUCUCUGUUUGGCCUUCGAAGUCGCGCGCCUAUUUGGGCCAUAAAGACGGUAUCUACGUUUACGACACCGAAACAGAGAAGCUUGAGAAGUACGGCAAUCUGAGUGAUAGCAUCAUCGGGAUCGUAAAAGAGAACUGCACCGACGACCUGUACAUUCUGACGGAAGACCACGUCGUCUACAAGGUCAUCGAGGAAGGUACCAAGAAGAUCAAGGUCAACGAGGCUGAGCAUGCUGAGCAAAUAGCGCUGGACUGGGAUGACAACUUGUACUACAUCGGAGCGAACAAUCAACCGUAUGUUGUCGCUUCGGACGGUGCGAAGAAGAUCGAAGGUCUUCCAGCUAACUCAACCUCAGCGGUAAUCUCUAGGGCUCCGAUCAAGAUAGAGCACGGAGCGUGGCUUAUGUCCGGACAACAGCCAUACGUCAUCUAUCCCAACGCGACCAGCGAACCAUUCGUGUUCAGCGACCAAGAGAAGUUGGAAUAUGAGAAAAGAAAUCGUGAUCUUCAAGUUAUUUUCUUACAGAUGAGGAAUCAAACAGAGAAAUAAAGUAUUAUGUUCUGAUUUCACGUGUUAUGGAGAUAAUUAAAAUGACUUUUACAGACUGACCGUGUCGGACGCAGUCAACCCGAGGUUAAGCUGUAAAAGUAAUUUUAAUUAUAGAAUUAACGUAUUUUUGAUUGAAAUGAACGAAUCUUGUGGAA